AUGUCGGCGGCGGCGGCGGCGGCGGUGCUGAAGGAGGGCGUGCUGGAGAAGCGCAGCGGAGGGCUGCUGCAGCUGUGGAAACGGAAGCGCUGCGUGCUCACCGAGCGCGGGCUGCAGCUCUUCGAGGCCAAGGGCGCGGGCGGCCGGCCCAAGGAGCUCAGCUUCGCCCGCAUCAAGGCGGUGGAGUGCGUGGAGAGCACCGGGCGCCACAUCUACUUCACCCUAGUGACCGAGGGCGGAGGGGAGAUUGACUUCCGCUGCCCGCUGGAAGACCCCGGCUGGAACGCUCAGAUCACCCUGGGUCUGGUCAAGUUCAAGAACCAACAGGCCAUCCAGACCGUGCGGGCCCGGCAGAGCCUAGGGACUGGGACCCUAGUGUCCUAAGCCAACCAGGCGUCCCGGCUGACCGACAUGCCUUCGCGGCGAUGCCCAGAGGUCAAGCUAGCUUCUUUGCCCACUUUGGCUGCUGGGGGCCUGCAUGCUCCCCGAGACGAGGCAGGAGCCAUGGACUUGUGGAGGAGGCAUCCGCGUGGAAGGAGUCCACGGGCCAGGGCAGGAGGGGAAAAGCUGACGAGGACCUGAGGAUGGAGAUGCAGCACCUGGACACUCGGACCGUCAUACCUGCUCAGGGCCGCCUGCGGGGCCUCAUGUAUCUUAAUGGAGAGGUUUGGACUUACGCUGGCAUCAAGCCCCUCCUCCCUGGUCCUGCCAUCGAUUCUGCACACUGCUGUUAGCUUUGGCUUUCUGUCAUGCCCAGAGGGCAUUCCCCGAUGGGGUACUAAGCCAGUGCCUCGGCACUGAGGAAGCAAGCCUAGCAUCCAGAAGAUGACCACCUGAGACAGCCUCUGGGCUCAGCCGGAGUGGGAGAGCUGCUGGACUUGAGACCCAAGCCUGGGAGGGGGUCUCCUGCUGCUUUGGUCCUUUUGGGACCCCCACCCAUCCAGGCCCUCUCUUUGCACACUUCUGCCCCCACUGUCGUCCUCCCCCCACUGUGGUGCUGGGCCUGGAGGUGGUGGGGGUGUGGUGGGGGUUUGGCCAUUACCAUUUCAUCCCUAUUCCAGAAUGAAGAUGCCCUACAAAUGGGCAUAGCCA